UGUGACUCCGUCUGGUGGGAUUUGAUACCUGAAAAGCCUGUGCUUCCUCCAGGACAGUGGAGGUGAGACACACAAAGAUCAGCACUGAGUGGAAGGUGAAGAGAAUCAUAUGGGAAAUUCUCAAAUAGAAAUCAUGGCAUAUUCCCUAGAACACCUCUUCCAGGAUGCCAAAGAUUGAAGACUGUUCUGAUGGCUGUUACUUCCUUCUCUUCAGAAACCUUGACUCCCUCAGGACAGUGGGGAGGAAGGGGCUUAAGUUCCGGCAGUAGUCAGUCCUCCAAGGAUAGGAAGAUCACACCUGUGGGGUGAAUGGCUGUGGAAAAUGACUCUUCAGUGACAGAGUUUGUUCUCAUGGGAUUAACAGAUCAACCUGAGCUCCAACUGCCCCUGUUUUUUCUGUUCUGCAUGAACUACAUGGUCACUGUGGUGGGAAACUUGAGCUUAAUCAAUCUAAUUUGCCUGAAUCCACACCUUCACACCCCCAUGUACUUUUUCAUCUUCAAUCUGUCCUUCAUUGAUCUCUGUUAUUCAUUUGUCCUUACCCCCAAAAUGCUGAUGAGCUUUAUUUCAGAGAGGAACACAAUCUCCUUUACAGGAUGCAUGACUCAGCUAUUUUUCUUCUGCUUUUUUGUACACUCUGAGUGCUAUGUGCUGACAGCCAUGGCCUAUGAUCGGUAUGUGGCCAUCUGUAAGCCCCUGCUGUACACGGUGGCCAUGUCCCCUCAGAUCUGUUCUCUGCUGAUGUUGGGGUCAUACCUGAUGGGGUUUGCUGGUGCCAUGGUGCACACAGGGUGCAUGAUCAGACUCACCUUUUGUGAUUCCAACAUCAUCAACCAUUACAUGUGUGACAUCUUCCCCCUCCUCCAGCUCUCCUGUAGUGGCACCUAUGACAAUGAGCUGGUGAGUUCUGUUAUUGUGGGUAUAGUUGUCAUAGUAUCUAGCCUCAUUAUCACCAUCUCUUAUACUUUGAUUCUUUUCAAUAUCCUUCACAUGUCUUCAGCUAAGGGUUGGUCCAAAGCCAUCAGCACCUGUGGCUCCCACAUAAUAACUGUUGGGCUCUUUUAUGGAUUUGGGCUGCUCACUCAUGUUAAACCAUCAUCUGCUGGGUCUGUGGGCCAGGGGAAAUUUUUUUCAGUGUUUUACACGAACGUGGUUCCCAUGUUGAACCCUCUCAUUUAUAGCCUGAGGAACAAGGAUGUCAAAAUUGCUCUGAAGAAAACCCUGAAGAAAAUGAGAAACUGA